AUGGAAAUUGAUUAUCGGACUCGUUUAACAGCAAUGUUGGAUGUGACACGCUUUCUAUUGAAGCAAGGGUUGUCCUUUCGUGGACACGAUGAGUCAACUAUUUCUUCAAAUAGAGAGAUUACACUUGCUAUAAUCAAUGAUAUUGGAGAUAAAUUCUUUUCUUUGAUGGUUGAUGAGGCUAGGGACAGUUCAGUGAAUGAGCAUAUGGGAGUUGUUUUGAGUUCUCAUUCUUUGAAAAUGGCUAUUGAUGCUUUAUUUGUGCAACAUGGUUUAUCAUUAUCUAGAUUGAGAGGCCAAGGAUAUGAUGGAACUUCAAAUAUGCUUGAAGUGUUAGGAAAUGUACAUGAUGACGCCUCUUAUUCUGCAAAUAAAGGUGUUGCCGCAGGUUUAAUUGAGAAGAUGGAGAGUUAUCAAUUUGUUUUUGUGUUACAUUUGAUGAAGUAUAUAUUGGGAAUUACAAAUGAGUUAUCACUUUCCUUACAACAAGGGGAUCAAAAUAUUGUUCAAGCCAUGUCCUUGGUUAGAAGUGUGAAAUGUCGACUACAAGACUUCAGGGAAGAUGGAUGGCAGAUAAUUUUGGAACAAGUUAACACAUUUUGUGAAUUGAAUAUAAUUCCAAUACUUGAUAUGGAGGACAACAUGCUAACUCGUGGUCAUGGUAGGCGUAGAGGGCAACUCAUCACCAAUUUUCAUCAUUAUCGUGUGGAGAUUUUUUGUCAGGUUGUUGAUUUAAUUAUACAAGAGAUGAAUAAUCGUUUUUCAGAAGUUAGUACAGAAUUGCUUGGUUGCAUAUCAUGUCUUCAUCCAAGAAAUUCUUUCUCUCAAUUUGAUGUUCACAAACUCAUCCAUCUUGCUGAUUUUUAUCCCGAGGACUUCUGUGGUACUGAUUAUUUAUUUUUGGAACAACAACUUAUGAGUUACUUUUAUAAUCUGCGGGAUGAUCCUUACUUUUCUUCAAUUGAUGACUUGGGAAUUCUUGCUCAGAAAUUGGUUGAGACUGAAAAACAUUUGGUGUUCCCAUUGGUUUAUCGUAUGAUAGAGUUGGCAUUAGUUUUACCAGUUGCAACUGCUUCGGUUGAACGAGUGUUUUCUGCAAUGAAGACUGUGAAGACUGAUUUACGCAAUAGAAUGGGAGAUGAAUGGAUGAAUGACAGUCUAGUUUCUCGUAGAAUCCAAUUGCCUCCUCUUGUACCGACUCGUCAGCCGUCGCAGACUUAUGUGCCAACUCGGAAAUGA